AUGGGGAGCGGGGAUCCGUGUAUAUGUGGUACGGGAUGUCGAAUGGGUCGAUCAUGUGUUUGUUGUCCGUGGUGUUGCGCAACAUGUAAGAGUGUCUAUUGCGGUGAGUGUUGGGGAUAUUACGGAUUGCGCAAACAAGGCAAGCAGCUUGACAAGUGCGGAACAUCGCAAUGUAAGAUUAAAUGCAUUGAUGUUUACAAUUGUCAAUGUAAAUGUUGCAGAAAAAAAUGUGAUGAUAAGGAUGCCACCUGCAAGCCCCUUCCUCCCCCGCCUCCCGUUGCCGCCACGCUUUCUUCCACCGGUGCACAAGUACACUCUGCUCCUUCCGGUGCUCAGCAUCUUCAAGCCACCGAAGAGCAAUCGAGGAAUCUCGAAGCUCAGACCCAUGAUGAAUACACUUCUCCAUCUUUCACCCCUGACCCCCAAGCCAUCGCCGCCGUCAUCGUUGCCAUCAUCGUCGCCAUCAUCCUGCUCGACCUAUGCAUCUUCCGCUUUCCGGUGGGCCGCAACAUCCGCGAUUUCCUCGUACGCAAGAUACCCUUCUGCAUCGCGUUCUACAGCUGA